AUGACCAACACUAAAAAAGACGAGUUGGUGACAAACUGUAUCCGAUGCCUUGCAGCGGACGUUGUGCAGAAGGCGAAGAGCGGCCACCCAGGGGCCCCGUUGGGCAUGGCACCCAUCGCUUAUUUGCUGUGGUCGGAGGUGAUGAAAUAUGACAGUAAUGACCCGUCAUGGAUGGAUCGCGACCGUUUUGUGUUGUCUAAUGGACACGCGUGCGUUUUGCAGUAUUCGAUGCUGCACCUCUCCGGCUACGCUGUGUCUAUGGAUGAUCUCAAGAACUUCCGCCAGAUGGACUCCUGCACUCCUGGUCAUCCGGAGCGCGGUGUGACGCCCGGGAUUGAGGUGACAACUGGCCCACUUGGUCAAGGUAUCGCAGAGGGCGUUGGACUUGCCAUCGCCGAGGCCCAGUUAGCCGCCACCUACAACCGGCCGGGGCACAACAUUAUCGACCAUUGGACAUAUGUCUUCUGUGGUGAUGGCUGCCUGAUGGAGGGCGUCGGUCAGGAGGCUCUUUCGCUUGCCGGCCAUCUUGGACUUGAGAAAUUUGUGCUUAUUUACGACUCUAACCACAUCAGCAUUGAUGGAAGCACCGACCUCGCCUUUACAGAGCACCCAAAACCGAAGUACGAGGCCAUGGGAUUCCAUGUCAUCGUGGUGGAUAAUGGUGACACGGGCUUUGACGCCAUUCGUGGAGCGCUUGAGGAGUGCAAGAGGGUGAAGGAAAAGCCAAAGAUGAUUGUGCUCAACACAACAAUUGGCUUCGGGUCGGCAAUAGCUGGUACCGCGAAGGUCCACGGUUCCCCGCUCGGAGACAGUGACAUUCAUCAGUUGAAGCAGCGCUUUGGCCGCGAUCCUUCAAAGAGGUUUGAUGUGGAGCAGGAGGUGUACGACGUCUUUAAGCAACACGUUGCCGUCUGUGCGAAGAAGCACGUGGAGUGGAAAUCGGCGAUGAAGAAGUACGCUACUGAGUUCCCCAAGGAGGCCGAGGUUUUGUAUGCACAGCUAAAGGGCGAGCUGCCCUCUGGCUGGAAGUCGAAGCUGCCACUGAACGAUGGCUCGUCGAUUGCCACACGCAAGGCCAACGAGAACACCUUGGCGGCGCUCUUCCCCCUCGUUCCGGGACUCAUUGGCGGUUCUGCAGAUCUCACACCGAGCAACCUCACACGCCCGAAUUCGGCUGUCCUGGCCGACUUUCAGAGGGCCACUCCACACGGUCGCUAUAUUCGCUUCGGUGUUCGCGAGCAUGCCAUGUGUGCCAUCAUGAACGGUCUCCAUGCUCACGGUGGGUAUAUUCCAUUCGGUGGGACAUUCCUAAACUUUUUUGGCUACGCGCUUGGUGCCGUCCGGCUGUCUUCCCUGUGCCAUCACCAUGUCGUGUUUGUAGCGACUCACGACAGCAUUGGUCUUGGCGAGGAUGGUCCAACGCACCAGCCGGUGGAACUUCUUGCCGCCCUGCGUGCGACGCCGAACCUGCUUGUGUUUCGUCCUGGUGAUCAAACGGAGACGAGUGCGGCAUGGGCUGUGGCGCUCGAAAACAAGAAGGGUCCAUCUAUUGUGUGCCUGAGUCGUCAGAAUACUGUGCCGCAGUCCGCCUCUUCGUUGGAGGGUGUUGCAAAGGGGGCGUACGUGAUUCAUCCUGCUGAGAAGCCUCAACUCAUUCUCGUUGCUAGUGGCUCGGAGGUUUCACUCGCCGUUGAUGCCGCGAAGGUGCUUGCGGCGGAGCUACGCGUGGCUGUUGUGUCCAUGCCAUGCCAGGAGCUCUUCGAUCAGCAGCCUCUUGACUACCAGAACACCGUGUUCCCCGUGGGCGUCCCUGUGCUAUCCAUUGAACCGUAUGUUAAUUACGGCUGGGAGAAGUACUCACAUUACCAUGUGGGCAUGUCGGGUUUCGGUGCCUCUGCCCCAGCAGAAGCACUGUACAAGCGCUUCAACAUUACCACAGAGAACGUCACCGCGAUGGGACGCAAAUUGGCCGCCAAGUAUGCCAAUGGCACUGCUCCGGAAAAACGUGUGCGCCUAUGA